GACUGAACUUGAUUCUUCAUCUUCAAUAUGCACCAAUGAAUCCUCAAGUUUUUCAAUUUUAUCAAAUUCAUCAUCAGCUUUGUCUGUAGGAAAAUCAGACGAAAAGACACCCCUUUACGAUUCUAGCGAGAAGAUUAAAACCAAAUCACCAUCAUCAACGUCUAAAAUCAACGAUAAACGUUAUAAAUAUGAAAAGACUGACCUUUAUGAGUCUAACGAAAGGAUCAAAACCAAAUCACCAUCACCAACGUCUAAAAUUAACGAUAAACGUGAUAAAGACGAAAAAACCGACCUUUACGAGUCUAACGAGAUGACUAAAACCAAAUCACCAUCAUCAACGUCUAAAAUUAACGAUAAACGUGACAAAUAUGAAAAGACAACCCUUUAUGAUUCUAACAAGAUGAUUAAAACCAAAUCACCAUCAUCAACGCCUAAAAUUAACGAUAAACAUGAUAGAGACGAAAAAACUGACCUUUACGAGUCUAACGAGAUGAUUAAAACCAAAUCACCAUCAUCAACGUCUAAAAUUAACGAUAAACGUCCUGAACUUGAUUCUUCAUCUUCAAUAUGCAUCAAUGAAUUUUCAAGUCUUUCAAUUUUAUCAAGUUCAUCAUCAGCCUUAUCUGUAGAAAAAUCAGGUAAUAAAAAAAGAAAAAUAAGUAAUUAUUUUGCUCAUUCUGUUCCUCUUUCUAAACAAGAUAAAGAACAUUGGGAGAAGCUUGUAUUGAAUUCUACCAUAGAUAAUGAUUGGUCAUUCAGAUGGGUUGACAAAAAAUCAAGUCAAAUAUUAUUUAAUUUUGCAAGUCCAGGUUUGAGAUUACCAAGCUGUAAAAUAUUAGCUGGUCAUAUUUUAACUAGUAAUUCUAAACAGUUUAAUUGA